CUUCACUACUCACGACUCUUGUUCCGUUUAUUGCGAAUUGCUUCGAUUGUUGCAUAGGUUGUUUUACGGUACUUUGAAUUGGCUAUACACGAUGGAGGAAGAAGGCCGACCUAGGAAGCUCCCCAAGCUCGACCAUGACGAGGCGCAGGAUUCCGAACCGAGAAUGACGGGUGCGCUCGAGCACAAUGGCGACAACGAACAAUCGGUUGAAUCUGGCAAUGGAGCCAACGGCCCCGAGUCUACGCAGCAGACUGACGAUGGCGUACCCAAGAUCUCCAAGCGCGAGAUGAAGCGCAUGCGCCGGCGCGAGCAAUGGGAAGGCCAGCGCGACCUGCGCCGAGCCAAGCGCAAGGAGAAGGGCAUUGCCCGGAAAGAGAAGCGCCGGGCUGCGCUGGAGCAGGCAAAGGAGGAUGGAACACUGGAGGAGCUCAAGAAGUCGUACGAGCGGACACACAAGCGAUUCCGGAAGUCGACGCUCCUCCCGCUGACACUGGUCAUUGACUGCGGAUACGAUGAGUUGAUGCUGGAGAAGGAACGGAUUUCGCUGGGAUCGCAAAUCACCCGGUCGUACUCGGAUAACAGUCGCUCGGCGUAUCGGUCGCAUUUGGUGUUUUCGUCGUUCAACAAGCAGCUCAAGGAGCGGUUUGAUACGAAGUUGAACAAGCAUUAUCUGAACUGGAAGGGGGUGCGCAUUUUGUCGAAUGACUUUGCCCAGGUCGCGGAGAUGGCUAAGGAGUGGAUGGUUGUUCCUGCGGGGGGGAGAUUCGAGGGUGUGUUUGCUGAUAAGACGGAUGCGACGCCCGAGGAUGGCGAGGUUAUCUAUCUGAGCAGUGACAGUCCCAAUACGUUGACGGAGUUGAAGCCGUUCAGUACGUAUAUCAUUGGUGGACUUGUGGAUAAGAACCGGCACAAGGGCAUUUGCCACAAACAUGCGGUGGAGAAGGGCAUCAAGACGGCGAAGCUGCCCAUUGGGGACUACAUCCAGAUGGCGUCGCGCCAGGUGCUGGCGACGAACCACGUCGUUGAGAUCAUGCUGAAAUGGUUGGAGCUGGGAGACUGGGGGAAGGCGUUCCUUGCGGUCAUUCCCCAGCGCAAGGGUGGUACAUUGAAGAAGACUGCUGGUGAGCAGUCAGAGGAUGCCGAGGAGGUAGAUGAAAUUGCGGAGGAAGAUGACAACGCUGAGGAGGACGAGGAGCAGGCUUUGGCGCAGGCCCAGCAGAUUACGGACGAGGCCAUUGAAGAGAACCAGCAGGCUCUGGAUGAGGCCAUGGAAGAGGCACCUGUGGAGGGUGACAAGGCUGGCGAGGCCAAUUGAUGGUGUCCAUUUUGUACAUAUACGGCUAUUUAAGCUUUUAAGAGCUGUCAGAUAGAAGACGAUUUCCUAGCAGUUGGGAGAACUGGAUAAUGAAGUUAUGUUUAGU